AUGGCGCGCAUUGCUGGCGGCGAACAUGCGCGGCGCUCGGGCAAGACGGUCGUAGUCAAGCUCGGCACCUCGAGUAUUCUCUCCGAGGACACGCUACAGCCAAAACUCAAGACAAUGUCGUCUAUUGUGGAAACCGUGCGCGAUUUGCGCAACCAUGGGCACAAAGUCAUUCUCGUGUGCUCGGGCGCAAUUGGAGUCGGUCGUUUGCGCAUGAACAUCAAUGAGCAGCCAAAGUCUCUGGGAGAGCGGCAGGCACUGGCAUCGCUUGGCCAGCUGCGUCUUGUGUCUUUGUGGGAUAAUCUGUUCAAUGUGGUCGGAAUUAAUGUAGCACAGAUCCUGCUGACGCGCACAGACUUGGCCGAUACGCGGCGGUACGCAAAUGCGCGCACUACACUGGAGACGCUUCUUUCACCGCAGUUUGACGCUGUGCCUAUUGUGAACGAGAACGACACUGUUUCCGUGUAUGAAAUGCGGUUCGGCGAUAACGACUCCUUGUCUGCCAUCACGGCGGGGCUCGUCGAUGCGGACUACCUGUUCUUGUGCACGGAUGUUGAUGGAUUGUAUACGGAUAACCCGCGAACGAAUCCAAGUGCACAACUGCUAAACGUUGUGCAUUCUGUGGACGAGGCGCGGCACGAAGCGAGCGUGCAAAGCAUGGGCUCUUCUUUUGGUACCGGCGGCAUGCAGACCAAGCUCGUAGCUGCAGAGCUCGCCACUGCAGCUGGAGUCACGACUGUGAUUUUGAACGGCGCGUGUCCUGAAAACAUGGCGCGGAUUGUGGAUGCGGAGGAUUGCGAAGAUGGUACAGCGAUGCCUCCGCAUACGCUGUUCCUUCCGAGCCCUGAGCGGCUCCCUGCGCGCAAAUGGCGCAUCCUUCACGCGAUGCACCCAAGCGGCUCGCUCGUAAUCGACCAAGGUGCCUACGAUCGCAUCUCGCGCAAGGAGUCUGGCGGGCGUCUAUUGCCUGCGGGCGUCAUUGGCGUGCAAGGAAAUUGGGACAGGCUCCAAGCGGUGCGGCUCAAAGUCGCUAAGCGCACCGACGAUGGCAGCGAGGCCAUCGUCGAGAUUGGGCGCGCACUGGUAAACUACACGUCAAUUGAAUGCGAGCGCAUCAAGGGCUUGCAAAGCGCGCAGAUUCAAGACGCGCUUGGGUUUGUCGAUUCAGACUACAUCACGGAGCAGAUUGCAUUGUCGACCACAGCGGCCUAG